UAAGUAUAUAUUAAAGUUUUAUUUAAAAGUAAUAAUACAUACAGGCUUUCUUCUAAACAUCAAUGAAAUUUUGCUGAAGCCACGUGAAGUACAGAUAAAAUAAGACACCCUAGUUUGUUCUUCAUAGAAAGACCAAUCCAAAAGAAAAACAAUUCUUGGACAUUUCCACCUUGCAACAUGGGAGGAAAAAGUAGCAAAAAAGCUCCAAAGCUAGAGAAUGUUUUACCCAAAGACAAAGAAAACAACGGUUAUGUCAUAUUUAGUGUUCCCACGGAAGGCUAUGGCAUUUCCCAAGGAGUUACAACAUUUGAUUCAGGCAGCAGUCUUGGAUUGUUAUGCCUUACAAACUUGAAACUCAUCCAUCAAUCAAGCGAAUUGAACAGAUUAGAGAUUCCGUUAGAAAACAUACUGAAUGUGAGAACCAGGUUGUGUCAAAUGAAUUACAUGACUUAUCCUGAUAGUGACGUGGUUUCUCUAAAGUGUACGCUGGAUCAGAAUAUUGUCUGCGUUAAUUUUAAACUGAAUAAUCCAGAUAAUGUCUAUAAUGAAAUAGAGCGUGCACGCAAGCAUCAGGCAGCAACUAGCAAGAAAAGUGACAGAAGGAGCUCAUUCAAAGUGCAAUUAAAAUCAGCAUCAGAUUUAACAAUGAAUAACAAUAAAAUGUGAUAUCGACUGCUAACAAGUAUCAAUUGAUGUACAUGCAAAGCAGCUGUCAGCGAAGUCCUGAUAACAUUUUAUCAUCACCACUUAAGCAGCAAUGAAAACAAGACUACUACAAAACGAUAGAAACAACAACAACAAAAACA